GCGCAGAGAGCAGGAGGUUAGUGUGAGGAGACAGACUGAGGACGCAGAGAGAGAAGACGGAACAGUCCAUGGAUCAGACUCAGAGAGACUCUCAGACAACAUGGCAACAACUGAACACGCUGAAGUUGAGGAAACACUGAAGAGGAUCGAAGCCCAUAAAGGUGUGAUUGGAACCAUAGUAGUCAAUGCAGAAGGUAUUCCCAUCAGAACUACUUUAGAUAACUCCACAACGGUCCAGUACGCAGGACUUCUUCGCCACCUCACCAUGAAGGCGAGGAGCACCGUGAGGGACAUCGACCCUCAGAAUGACCUCACCUUCCUCCGCAUCCGCUCCAAGAAACACGAGAUCCUGGUUGCACCAGAGAACGACUUCCUGCUGAUAGUCAUCCAGAACCCAUGUGAAUAGCUUCUGGACAUUUCCAUGAGAGUCAGCCUUUAGUCUGUCACAUGGUGCUUCUUUAUCCAGACUAGAUAUCUGUCUACACGGUGUGAUGUUGCUCCAUGUCCUGCACAAUCACUCCUUUUCUACUUGGAACUCAACUAUGUCUCCUUAAUCUACACGAUGCAUCGUUUGUUUUACUUUAUGUAUUUCUUUCAUUUCAUGUCUUUGUGUGGAUAUUGAAUAAGCCUGUGAAAUAAAGCUGCUGGUGAUUGUACAA